CAUAUGUUCAGACUUGUUUUAACAGCAUAGAAACCCAAGUAGAAGAACAAGAAGUCUUGUUUUGGGUGCUACCACUGGGGGAACAUAUUCUGUAUUUCUAAUAAAGAACAAUGGAAUUUUUACAUGAAGGCGUUGCAUUGGGGGUGGAUUUACUUAUUUUAGGACUGUGUGCCAAGGAGUACGUAAGCUAUAAGAAAAAUGUCCAGCUUUUAAAGGCAGCCCCUCAGCUGGCCAUCGACAGUGAUUUAAAGAGUUAUGUUGGCCAACAAAAGGACAGAAAGAUUCCGUAUGCAGUGAUAAGGGGUACGGUUACUCCUAUUGGUGUACCCAUGCGCAGUGUAAUGUCACCAUCGGUGACAGGUGUCUUGCAGGUCAUAAAGCUAAAUGAGCAUCGAGUGGCUCGUGGUUUUGCUGGUUUCUGGUCUGAACAACGAAAACUUAUUCAUGUCUCCUCAAACGAAAUGCCUUUUGAGUUGCGCAACAACGAUGCUGGCGUCGAAAUUGUUGAUGCCCUUUCAGCUGAAGUUCUAGACAUGGAUGUGGUCUAUGACAACUAUGAGCCUUCGUCAUUGUCUUUCUUUGAUCAUAUUUUUGGAUUCUUCUCGGGAGUGCGGCAAAAAGGUCUUCAAACCACUGAGGAAGUACUACGAGACGGUAGUUUUAUAACAGCCAUAGGUGAACUGGAAAUGGAUGGAAAAACAUUACGCCUGCAGCCUUCCCCCAUGGGUCCUUUAUUCUUGACCACAGCUACAAAAUCCACAUUGAUAAAGAAAUUUGAAGAAGCUAAAAAUUCCAUGCUGUUCAAAAUUUUUGUAUGUGGCACUAUUGGAGCAGUUUUAAUUGGAGUAAUAGGCCGCAAAUUAUAUUUGAAGAAAAAGCAGGAGCGAGAUGAGAGGCGCAUUCGUGAAACUCUGGAAAAGGAACGCAGAGAGCGAAGGGCCAAAUCGAGACCUAUGAAUUUAACACAAGAUCAGUUGUGUGUCGUUUGCAAUAUAAAUCCGAAAGAGGUCAUAAUUCUACCCUGUGGUCAUGUCUGCAUAUGUGAAGAUUGUUCGGAAAAAAUCAAAAUGACAUGCCCCGUGUGUCGAGGAAAAAUAAAUACACGCGCUGCCGCAUUCAUAUCAUAAAUGUUACGAAUUUUUUUAAUUAACUGUUUAAACAAUGCCCAAUAAUAGAAUAUAUCUCAUAUUUAUAAUUUAUUUAUA